ACUUCUUUACCGUCUCCUCGUCGGAAGCCUGUUGCUUUCUUGCUCCAUGGAUGAGAUGGGGAAGACGGAGGAGGAGGAGGAGUUGAGAAAAGCGGAUUGUCCCAAGUGUCUUGGCGACUAUAUUCAAAAUACUAACAAACCUGACUGGAUUUACUAACAAUACACAUAGCUAAUAUAUACUGUAGAAAACGCUUUACUAACAUUAUAAAGUAUUAUGUAGGGAAGGGACGUAGCCUAGUCGACCGACAUCGCCUAUUAUUUUGGAAAAGAACUUGCCUACACGGCCUUGAACAAGGGGAGAGUGUGAAACUGCUGUUAAUGGAGAGAAAUCUCAUUCACCUGGAAUAAAGAAAAUGAUUGAAACUAUGGAUACACAGCGUGCCUUGCAGGCAGUGGAGCGUCUCCAGGCCAAACUGAAGGAGCGAGGGGAGGUGCCCACUGAGGAGAAGCUCAGCCUGCUUAAAUCAGUGCUCCAGAGCCCCCUCUUCCACCAGAUCCUGGCCUUGCAGAAGUCUGUCCAGCAUCUCAGAGACCAGGGGAGCGUCCCAGCAUCACGUGGGAGUGACCCUGCCGAUCACAUCACAGCGGCGAAGCCCAAUGGAAGCCAUGUCUCCUAUUCAGAUAUACCAGCUGCUACACACAUUAAUGGGAAGACGUCAACCGAAGAAUUCGAUCAUAUUAUUCAGUCCAUGGCACAGGGGCGCUAUGUGACACAUGUGGAGCUGCAGAAGCCAGUGUCAGGAGGUCUGGGCUUCAGCGUGGUGGGCCUGAAGAGCGAGAACCGCGGAGAGCUCGGCAUCUUCAUCCAGGAAAUUCAACCGGGGAGUGUGGCUCACUGUGAUGGAAAGCUCAAAGAAGCUGACCAGAUCUUGUCCAUCAAUGGCCAGCCCCUGGACCAGACAGUGACCCACCAGCAGGCCAUAGGCAUCCUGCAGAGUGCUUCAGAGAGGGUGCAGCUCACAGUGGCAAGAGGACCAAUACCUCAGCUGACCAGUCCUGUGGUGUCCCGCACGCCCUCUGCUGCCAGUACACUGUCAGCCAACUCCAGCGCGUGGCAGCACGUGGAGACAAUUGAGCUGGUCAACGAUGGCACUGGCCUUGGAUUUGGUAUUGUGGGAGGCAAGACCACUGGAGUUAUUGUCAAAACCAUUCUCCCUGGAGGCAUAGCUGAUCAGGAUGGCCGCCUGCGCAGUGGAGACCACAUCCUGAGAAUUGGGGAAACUGACCUGUACGGCAUGGGCAGUGAACAGGUGGCACAGGUCCUCAGGCAGUGUGGCAACAGGGUGAAGCUGGUGGUUACCAGGGGUCCCGUAGACGAGAAUCCCUCAGUCUCUGCGGUAAUGCCUGUGGUGCUCCCCACUGUCAAUGAACAACAGGGCUAUGAGGAAGAUGAGACUGAAGCGUUUGAUGUGAGCCUAACCAAGAACGCCCAGGGACUAGGGAUCACCAUUGCUGGAUAUGUUGGAGAUAAAAAUUCAGAGCCCUCUGGUAUUUUUGUCAAGAGUAUAACAAAAGACAGCGCCGUAGAUCAAGAUGGCCGUAUUCAUGUGGGAGACCAGAUAAUAGCUGUUGAUGGUGUAAACAUACAGGGAUACACCAAUCAACAGGCUGUGGAAGUGCUCAGACAUACCGGCCAGACAGUCCAUCUUAAGCUGAUCCGGCGGGGCUUCAGGCCUGAUGAGAUCCCCCCUGCUGUGUCCCCCAGUGUCACCAUCCUGCCCCCCUCUACCACCAUCCCCACCACCACCACCGUCAUGAGGGAGCUCGAGCUGGAGAGGAAGAAGGCUGAGGAGGCUGUGGAAGUCACUGUAGAUGAAAAGCCGCUCCAGACAAAGAGUGAAGGAUCUGAUGUCAGCCCAGCCACGGAUAAGCUAACAGAAGACAAAAAUGGAAUGAAGUUAACACUCUUUGAAGAAGAAGAACUAAUGAAGAAAUGGCAGGGGAUUCUGGGUCCAAGUAAUGAAGUUGUAGUGGCUCAGGUGGAGAAGUUCAGUGAGAACAGUGGCCUGGGGAUCAAUCUAGAAGCCAACAGUGGGCAUCAUUACAUCCGCUCUGUUCUACCUGAGGGACCUGUUGGUCGCUGUGGCAAGCUAUUCAAUGGAGAUGAACUGCUUGAGGUCAAUGGCAUAUCUCUGAUUGGUGAGACACACAAGGAAGUAGUAAGAAUCUUGAAGGAGCUUCCACUCUGUGUAUACAUGAUAUGCUGUAGGCCCGCCCCUCACCUGCCAACUGACACGGAUGCUUUCCAACCAGAAUCAGAGGCUUUGUCCACAACACCUAAAUUGAAGAAACAAAUAGAUCUGAGCAGAGUGCUGGUUGUUGAAGACUCAGAGGUGAACACAGCAGCCGCAGCGACACAGGAUAAUGUGACAGAGGAGGCAAUAGGAUCUCCUUUGGCUAUGUGGGAGCUGGAGAUCCAGAAUAUCGAGCUCGAGAAGGGAGAAGGGGGAUUGGGAUUCAGCAUUUUGGACUACCAGGACCCACUGGACCCUGCCAAGACGGUGAUCGUGAUUCGCUCUCUCGUUCCCAACGGUGUGGCCGAGCAUGAUGGCAGACUGUUGCCAGGGGACCGACUCAUGUAUGUUAACACCACCAACCUGGAGAACGCCAGUCUGGAGGAUGCCGUUCAGGCCCUGAAGGGGGCCAUGCUCGGCAAGGUCCAGAUAGGAGUCGCCAAACCGCUGCCUGGAAUAUGUGGAUAUUCCCAGUCUCCACACCCAUAUGGUGAGCAGGAAAUAACAUCAUCAUCCACCAUCCAUUCAUUUGACUUCAACAGUAUUUUGGUUGAAGAAGGAGAGGAAGAAGAUCUGGCUGAGGGCAUCGUUUACCGAGCAGAGCCUGCAUUGAUUGACACCAGUGAAGCAGACCUCUCUGAUGACAAGGUGUUAGAUCAUACUUACUCUGGGAUUGAGGACGACACUUUCCAGGCAUCCAUGAUUGCACUUCACGGCAGCGGCUGUAGUGCAGACCUGGAUUACUUGCACUCAUCCACACCUAAGCUGACAGCUCGCCUGGACUUGUUGGCUGAUCACCCGCGCUUCACAACACCGUCCGGCCUCGGAGACAACACUCAAGUGUUCUCACCAGAGAAGUCGGCCUGUUUCACCCCUCCGAGUUUGAGAGGUCACGUCCCGGCUUUUAAUGCCAUAUUAAGCAGUUCUGAUCAGUUCCUGGCUCAGCACUCGACCAGAGAGGAACCAGUGGAGUCCUCGAACUCAUUCAGCCCGUUCGCUGAAAUAGGGACCAGAUCUAACGUACAGGAGGAACCUGUGGAGUCCCUUCACUACCAGAAGGAGCCACCCAUCCCCUUUGGAGAUAUUGGAGAUAUAAAGAUUUUGAUGAAGGACGAGGAGGCCGGUGUGAGAGAAUCAGCAGAAGACGGUGACAAGGCAGCACUGACCUCAGGGAGCAAUUUUGAAAGGACUAUCACAGUUGUCAAGGGCAACUCCAGCCUUGGCAUGACGGUGUGCGCCAUGAAAGAUGGUUUGGGGAUGCUGAUCCGCAGUAUCAUCCACGGAGGGUCAAUUAGCCGCGAUGGACGUCUUGGUGUCGGUGACCUCAUCCUGGCAAUCAACGGAGAGCCCACUGCCAACCUGACCAACGCCCAGGCUCGUGCCAUGCUGCGAAGACACUCUCUCAUUGCACCGGACAUGGGAUCUGCUUGUUCACCUGAGGACGAUCUGUGCCCAUUUUAUGUCAUUACUUAUGUUCCAGCAGAGUAUCUAGAGGAGUACAAGGCCAGCCUAGAGCAGGCUAAAGAUGAUGUCUUCUCUGAAGCGGCUCCACUCCCAGUUCCAGCACCAAAAAAUAUUCCUAACCUCCCUGAGCGUGAAGAUGGGGAGGGAGAGGAAAGUGCCUCUUACAGCAACUGGAACCAACCUAGGCUAGUGGAGUUGUUCAGAGAGCCAGGCAAGUCCCUGGGCAUCAGCAUCGUCGGAGGCCGAGGGAUGGGCAGCCGCCUGAAUAAUGGAGAAGUGAUGAGGGGGAUUUUUAUCAAACACAUUCUUGCGGACAGUCCUGCUGGACAGAAUGGGACCCUGAAGACUGGAGACAGGAUUGUAGAGGUGGAUGGUGUAGAUUUAAGAGAUGCUAGUCAUGAGGAGGCAGUGGAGGCCAUACGCAGGGCAGGCAACCCUGUCUCCUUCUUGGUCCAGAGUAUUAUUCACAGGCCUAGGCCCGAGUCAAUAUAUAGCCCAGCUCCAUCGCCUGCUGUAGAGAAAAACACCACUGCUUUCACAUGCAUGCCACAUCGCACAUGUCAGUCAUCGAUAACGGACUCCAGCGAGGAGAGAGCAGCAGCAGCUGUGAAAAGGGACAACAAGGACAAGGAGGGUGACAGUCACAGUAGACUUUUCCUCCGCCUCUCCCCAACUAACCCUUUCACUCCUACCCCGUUUAAGCCGGCGAAGCGUGAAGUGGCGAAGGCAUCUCCCACCAGCACUGUCCUCCCCCUGCCAGUGGUGCCUCAUGUGGGAGAGACUGAUACAGACACGCUGACAGAGAUUCCUGGCAGACCUGCCGAGGCAGAGGAGGAAAACGAAGAGGAGGAGGAGGUGGAGGACGAGUUUGGAUACAACUGGAAGAACAUAAUCCGGCGCUAUGGCAGCCUCCCAGGUGUCCUACACAUGAUUGAGCUGGAGAAAGGCAAGACAGGCCUGGGCCUCAGCCUGGCAGGGAACAGGGACCGCUCUCGCAUGAGUGUGUUCGUGGUGGGAAUAGACCCCAACGGGGCGGCCGGGAGGGACGGACGCAUGGUGGUGGGGGAUGAGCUGCUGGAGAUCAACGGGCAAGUCCUUUAUGGCCACAGUCACCAGAAUGCAUCCUCCAUAAUCAAGAGCUCUCCAUCCAAAGUCAAGAUCAUCUUUGUGAGGAACACUGAGGCGCUGAACCAGAUGGCUGUGGGACCUGUGAGAGAACACGAGGGAGACACAGCGGAGCCCCACGCUGAGCUAGAAACAGCUGCGGCUAAUGGUGAUGCCGACGCUUCAAAAUAUGUCCAUCACAUCAUAAAGCUGAAGGAGGACGGAGGACUUGGCAUCACCUUUGUCGAGGGAGACACUGAGAGCGGAGUUGAAAUUCAGACUAUAUCUGAGGUGAAAGGACACACAGGCAAAGAGGGCUGCAUGAGACCGGGGGACAAGCUCUUAACUGUGAAUGGUGAAUCAGUGCUGGGGUACAGUGUGGAAAAGGUCAGUUCUCUACUGAGAAAAGCCAAAGGUCCAGUGAAGCUAACCUUCUCUACAAAUGAGACCUCCUCCUCCUUCUCCUCUCCCCAGUCAACCUGCCUGGACGGGGGUUACUCAGAUGGUGUCCUCGCCAGCCUGCCCAGCAUGCCUAGCGCCGCCACAGCUAUGCUGAGCCCAGCAGAAGCAGAAGCAGUCACUAGCCUGAGUCGCUCCUCCACCCCUUCCACUCUGGCCUGUGACCCAGCGACCUGUCCCAUCAUCCCCGGCUGUGAGACCACCAUCGACAUCUCCAAGGGCCGCACAGGCCUGGGCCUCAGCAUCGUGGGAGGCUGCGACACCCUGCUGGGGGCCAUCAUUAUCCAUGAAGUUUAUGAAGAAGGGGCAGCCUCCAAAGAUGGCAGGCUUUGGGCAGGAGACCAAAUCCUAGAGGUGAAUGGCAUCGACCUGCGUGCAGCCAGUCAUGAUGAAGCCAUCAAUGUGCUGCGGCAGACGCCGCAGAGGGUCCGGCUGUCUGUCUACAGGGAUGAGGCCCAGUACAAGGAGGAAGACCUGUGGGACUCAUUCACUGUUGAGCUGCAUAAGAAGCCUGGUCAUGGCCUGGGCCUCAGCAUUGUAGGGAGGAGGAAUGACACAGGAGUGUUUGUGUCUGAUAUCGUGAAAGGAGGUUUGGUGGACACCGAUGGUCAACUGACGCAGGGCGACCAGAUCCUGUCAGUCAAUGGUGAGGACGUCAGGUCGGCCACUCAGGAGGCCGUGGCUGCACUGCUCAAGUGCUGCGUGGGGCCUAUAAAACUGGAAGUGGGGAGGUUUAAAGCUGGCCCCUUCCACUCUGAGAGAAGGCUUUCUCAAAGCAGUCAGAUGAGUGAAACAGGCAGUUCUAAGGCGGCCUCUCAGUCGUGUUCAGACUCUGGAAACCUUCCUGCUGACCCUGACAAACUAAGUCAGAGUCAGGAAUCUCCGGAGCAUCAGGACACCAGAACAGUGGAGUUCACUAAAGGUCCCAAUGAUUCUCUGGGUAUCAGUAUCGCAGGCGGUGUGGGCAGCCCGCUGGGGGAUAUACCCAUCUUCAUCGCUAUGAUGAACCCUGUCGGCCUGGCUGCUCAGACCCAGAAGCUCAAGAUUGGGGACCGGAUUGUCAGUAUCUGUGGAACCUCUGCUGAAAGCAUGAGCCACGCACAGGCAGUGACUCUGCUCAAGAAUGCCACAGGCACAAUACAGCUGCAGGUGGUAGCAGGUGGUGACACAACCGUGACGGGUCCCUCUCAGGAUCCGGCAGCUGUGGGUCUCACACCCACCUGCAUUUUCCAGGACGACCUCGGCCCACCGCAGUAUAAGACCAUCACUCUUGAGAGAGGACCAGACGGACUAGGUUUCAGUAUAGUUGGAGGGUACGGCAGCCCCCAUGGAGACUUGCCUAUCUAUGUUAAAACAGUUUUUGGAAAGGGAGCAGCAGCGGAGGACGGGCGUCUGAAACGGGGAGACCAGAUCAUGGCCGUUAACGGGCAAACUCUGGAGGGCGUCACUCAUGAAGAAGCCGUCGGGAUCCUGAAAAGGACCAAAGGAACUGUCACACUCACUGUGCUAUCAUAGACACACCUUCGCAAACACCCACAAACAUCCGCAAACGCACACAUACACUCCUCACUGCUUUUCCCACACUCCUACUUGCACCCGAACUUAACCUACACCUUCAAAGACUGAAACUUUAAAGGAGCAACACAGAGGGCAGGCGUAGUGUCGUGUCUCACCGCAGUGGAGCUCACGCCGGCAAUAUUUCACAACCAGGUGAUUGUGUUACAAUCACCAGAUUUUCAGCUGUGAAAAUAUGCAAACUGAAAUAUGAACAGCCACACACUGAUUACUCAUUGUAGCUUUGAACACUGUGAUCCAUUGAAGCCUACUACGAGUAGCUUUACAUGCAGUAUAUGUCAUUAUAAAAACUUGUCACUAAAACAAUCGCUCAAAUUGAUCCUAAAAGUAAUAUGUUAAUUAAAUAUACUGUAUGAAUUCAUAAAUUGUUCACCAUAUAAUUAUGUUUUAAAUCUGUUGUUACAUGAAUCUCAAAGAUGUUGUGAAUAGUAUUAGAAACACUCCAUGACUGGAGUGAAAUAUUCACUGGACACUGUGACUAGUAUUUUACCAUUUACUGUAUUGAGAUACAUGGAUUGGAAGAUUGUUAUUCUCAGUAGCAGAAAACACCCUCAAGCAAUAUCAGAAUAUUUUGACAGAGGAGAGGCCUAUUUUUCCAAGGGUUUCUACAGAGGUACAGUCUUGCACAGGUGAAAGUCAGAGUAAAAUCAGAGCAUGAAACAGCAUGAAAAUACCCUAAUGACUAUUUUAGCUGAUAACAUUAUUAUUUGUCUUUUAUGUUGCACUGCUGUUGGCAGUUCAUCAUACUUUGAAUUUCCUGAUGCUGAUGCUGCUGUAACGGUUGGUGUUACAUGAUGAAGUCACUGUUGUUUUAGCAAAAAGAGAUGUCUGGUGUUGUAAAAUACACUGUGCAUCAACAAAUUUCUGAAGGGAAAGAUGUGAAAUCCUUUAAGUGUGUUUUUAGUGCACACUGCAUGAGGAAUUGUGAAUGAGUGAGUGUGUUUGUGUGACCUACUCACUGAAAUAUAGUGCUGCUAAAGCUGAUGUAUGAGGUAUUAUGUCACAGUACUUGGAUUUUGUAAGUAUUAAUUAAUGUUCACUUAAUGAAAGUGCACGGGAGAGUAAAGAAACUGUUAUUUAGGUUGGAAUGGAUGAGUGGUUCUUCGUGUCAGAUGGAUUGUAGAAUGGACCUGAACUCUUUUUGACCUUAUUGUUUACCCAAAAUGAAGACACCCAGUGUGUAGUUUCUGAAGUCCUUAUGCAUUUGUUGUGUGGUCUAGUGUCAGAGAGAGUUGUCUGUUCUCUGUCUUAUCACCUUAAAUGUGUCUCUAGUACUGUCAAAGUGACAGUAUUGAAUUUAUUCACACUGAAUUAAAUAAAAGUGACCUUUGGAUUCAA